CCGAGACUUACGGGACCACAUUUCUUCCUGGAGCUCGCCGGUGGAUGGUCCUUUCGUCUCGUGGGUACCGGAAUCAGGCUGCGCAAUGGGGAAGCUGAUGCUAUUGAUGACGGUCUUCAUCGUCUUUGCCGCCUUGUUCGUGGAGAGGCUCAUAGUAUUUCGGCAGAAGCUGUUUGCUGACAGAGAACUGCCGCCCAAGCGCCUUCCUAACUGUGAACUCAUUCCAGGAAUUGACAAUGGUGCCGAAGAUAUUGAUAUACUUCCUAAUGGAUUGGCUUUCAUCAGCUCUGGUCUGAAAUAUCCUGGUUUGAAAACCUUUGAACCUCAUAAAGGAGGGCAAAUAUUACUGAUGAAUCUAAGGACAGAAAAUCCUCGUCCAGUUGAACUGAAGAUUGAAGGUGGAUUUGAUCUGGAUUCUUUUAAUCCUCAUGGGAUCAGUUUUUAUAUGGAGAAGAAUGAUAGCAUAUAUCUCUUUGUGGUUAAUCAUCCAGAAGGCAAAUCAGCGGUGGAGAUAUUUAAAUUUUUUCAGGAUGAAAAAUAUUUGCUGUACUUAAGAACUGUCACUAAUGAGCUCCUAUCAAGCGUCAAUGAUGUUCUUGCUGUGGGACCUGAGCAUUUCUAUGCCACCAAUGACCGUUACUUCCGUUCAGAGACUGUCUCGGUAUAUGUGGAGAUGUUUUGGGGUUUGAGCUGGACCAAUGUUGUGUACUAUAGCCCAAAGAAAGUUAAAGAAGUAGCAUCAGGAUUUUACAGUGCCAAUGGCAUUAAUAUGUCACCAGAUGGAAAGUUUAUCUACGUUGCUGAUAUUUUGGAUCAUAGCAUUCAAGUCUUUCAAAAAAUGUCUAAUAUGAAUUUAUCUCCUGUGAAGGCCCUGAAAUUAGAGACUAUUCUUGAUAACAUAUCGGUUGACCGUAAAACUGGAGACCUUUGGUUAGGAUGUCAUCCCAAUGCUGCGAAGCUCUUUACUUAUGAUCCAAAGAAUCCUCCUGGCUCAGAGAUCCUUCUUGUCAAAGAUAUCCUUUCUGACAAACCUAAAAUCACUCAAGUGUAUGUGGAUGAUGGAUCAAUCAUUCAAGCAAGCUCUGUUGCUGUCUUUUUUGAGAGACAUCUCCUCAUUGGCACUGUGUUUCAAAAAGCCCUUUUUUGCCACAUGUAAUUGACACACCCAUGAGCUUUGUCUCAGUUGAAAUAGUCAUUGUCACUGAAAUCUGAGCCAAGCUUUCUGACACAUGUGGGUCCUCCAUAGUAAACUUUGACCUGCAUUACAUAGUACAAAAACAAAUCUAUAAAAUAAUAUAACCUCAAAAUAUACCUGCUGUUACUGAUCAAUCUGUCUGAAUUACUGCUAAUAAUUCAGCUUUGAUGAAUAAAAACCUGAUGAACUCAGGUUUGAAAUCCAUGUAAGCCAGUCCAUUUAUCUAAAAGUUAAAAGAAUAACCACAUUUAUCUAGCAGUUGUCCAAAAUAUAAGAGAUUUGGCAUAUAUUCCUGUCACAUCUGAGGAGCCGUCUUGCCCCAAUUUGCCCCUGCCUUUUGGCUUUCCAGAGGGUUUUGCCUGAUUUGAAGCCCCAAGGGAGGGUACUGGAGAUGGUUAAUGAGCUAAGAAGAUCUUACCCCUGUGUCAUCCAUCUCCUGGGUUCUAGUUUUUUAUAUAACUUUCAAAAAUUUUUAUAUUUAUCUUUUUACUGUUUGUAAGCCGCCCAGAAUCACUGUACUGGUGAGAUGGGCAACAUAAACAUUUAAUAAAAAAUAGAUAUAUAUCCA